AGUCGUAGAGUUAGCGAGCGAAUGUCCCGGCAGCAUAAAUAAUCUGCUCUGCAGUCACUUCUUAUCAAUAUCUAUGCUCAGUCUGAAUGCUGUUUGCUCCAUCUGCAGUCUGCGCGCUGCUUGCCGUCCUCACAUGCCCGGUUGUCUCCAUGGGCACUGGGCGUGCAGGACACGGCUUCAUUGGAUAUGGCAUCUCCAUGUAUAGCCCGGCCUGUGCGCACGCCUGCCGGGCAAUCAUUACCAAUCCUCUCAAUUGCACCUCGACCUCCCAUGUGAACGAGGGUAUAGGCAUGGACAUGCACACAGACGGAAUGCAGAUGGGGGAUGGGUGGAUGGUCGAAGAUGCCCCAAGUGCCGAGUGUUAUGCGACAAAUGACGCCUUCCUGCAGACGCUGGCUUUGUGCAUGCACGCACAUUGUACGACAGAGUCCAUUGCCACGCUCGAACGGUACUGGGAGAUGAAUGUCGCGGGCAGCAAUGCGGACCAACCACUCCCCAAGGAGACCUACCAAGAGGCCCUCCGCGCGGUUAAUGGCACGCCGUCGAUGAUCUCAAACUCAUCGAGUCUCCUGCAGUCGGCUGGUUAUAUUCCCGUGACCCCGUAUACAGUUCAAUAUCGGACACUCACGGUUUUUGAAGAGAUGGAGACUUCUCAUAUCAGAUACGGGCUUGUCCUCCUCCUCACCGGCGCGGCCAUUCCCAUCGGGCUGUCCUUUGUCCGUUUCUUGCCCUUCCCAGCAGCGUGGACAGCGCGCUUCGAGGCCACCUUCAUUGACCCGCCUCUAUUCGGCCGACGACACCAUGAGCCCUAUCUCUGGAACACCUUCAUCAUGCCCACCCGAGGCCAAGCCUUGUUCAUUGCCUACCAGAUCGCAAUCAAUGUCAUUCUCAGUGCCGUCAGCAUCAGGUCCGCCGACCCAAGUGCAUGGUACAUAUCAAAACCGCGCGAGAUUGCUACAUACGUCAGCAAUCGCGUUGGUGCGCUGAGUUUCGCCAACAUCCCUCUGCUCAUUCUCUACUCGAGUCGCAACAGCGUCCUCCUUUGGCUCACAAACUGGUCCCAGAGCACAUUCCUCCUGCUUCAUCGCUGGAUAGCUUUCAUGGCCGUGAUUGAGGCCUGCCUCCACUCGGCCAUCUACCUCCAGAUCUACGAUGUGGACGGCACGCAUGCCACGGAAAGUAGAACCGCCUAUUGGUACUGGGGGAUAAUCGGGACACUGGCCCUGGUUGUCAUCCUACCGGCCUCGCUGCUGCCCGUCCGCCAGAGGGCCUACGAGCUUUUCCUCGCGUGGCACAUCUUCUUCUUCCUCCUCGCCAUGAUCGGAUGCUUCCUCCACAUAUACUACCGCUAUGCCUGGCAAUGGGGCUACGAGAAUUGGAUCUACAUCGGCCUUGCGGUCUGGGGAUUUGACCGGUUACUGCGCAUUCUGCGGCUGGCUCGCAAUGGAAUCCGCAGGGCCCACGUCACUAUCGUCGACGAGGACUACCUUAGACUGCAAAUCCCCGGUACCAGGGCCGACGGCCACGUCUAUCUCUACUUCCCGACCCUGUCGUGGAAGGUCUGGGAGAACCACCCCUUCUCCGUCUUGUCGGAUACAUACAGUAAUGAUACUGUUCCAAUACCCAUCCACAUGCAAUCAGCAUCAUCAUCGUCAUCAUCUAUCGAACCAAAGGAGGGCAAGGCCCACCACCCCGGCCUAACCAUCUACAUCCGCAGCCAUACCGGGCUAACCAAGCAUCUCCGCCACCAGAAGACUCCCCUCCCCGUCCUCAUCGAGGGCGCAUACGCCCCAUCUUCCCUUCCCGGACCCUCAUCCUCGCAAGCACCCAACAUCAUCGCCUUCGCCGGCGGCGUCGGCAUCACGGCUCUCACACCCAUCCUUCUCCGCCACGCGGGCUGGCACAGGCUGUUCUGGGCGUCGCGGAGCAAGGCGCUUGUGGAGUCUGUCGCGGAGUCGCUCGCGCCGGGUGGGUAUGAUGCGCUCUGUGCGACAGUCUUUCUGGAGAAGCGUAUGGAUAUUCCGCGCAUUCUGGCGGCAGAGGCUGCAAAAUUCACUGGAGGUGGAAGCGGGGUGCCGGUUACGGUGCUGGUGAGCGGACCGCCCGGCAUGGCGGAUGAGGUCCGGGUUGAGGUGGCGAGGUUGGCGAGGAAUACCGGGGCUGUGUUGACGUUUGUGGAGGAGGUGUUUGGUUGGUAGGUUUCCUUCAAGAUGGAUAAAUGUGUGUGUUUGGUUGUCGGUUUGUUGUAUGGUAUGAACGAAUAGAAGAAAAGCUGUACCAUGUUAACUAUACGUCGAAACUACGCGUAUGGCCAGGACGGUGAGCAUGAAGAGACUGAGCAGGAUAUGUGGUUGUUGAUAUUAUUAUCCAUGAGCUGGAGAACAGCGUUACUUAAAUACUGGAUAUAAAGAUAGAUAUCUCUAUAUAGUAAGUAAUAGUUACCAUGGCUGUCCAACUCUCCCAGCUGUUCCAGGC